AUGGAUUCUAUUCCUUCGUCAGCCGAAAGAACAAGAAGCUAUCGUGCAUCUAGAACUGAAGAGCAGAAAAAGAAACAAAAAGAAAUUGACCGGCUGAGAAUGGCAAAAAAGCGAGCUGAGGAAAAAGAACGGAGGAAGAAGAACGAAGAAGCUGAGAUGAAGGAAGUGCAAAUUCUCGACACGUCGAAACCUUCAUCGUCGGCACAACAAAAGCGAAAAUACCGUGGAUCUAUAUCCGUGGAAACAAGAGAUAAGCUCAAGGAAACUGAUCGCCUGAGAAAAGCAAAGAAACGGGCGAACGUAAAUGCAAAAAGUGGGUCAUCUGAGGAUGGACCUGAGAUGGACAACAUUGAAGUUGCAAUUCUGACAAGUGGAGUUGAGAUUACAGAGGCUAAUUGCUUGGAUAGCAAUAGCUCUUUUGAAGACUCCGGUACUGAGCUAUGUUCCCAAAUAUCGUCAGCGUCCGCACAACGGGUCCAGGUACACCGAGGUAAAGCUACAGAACCAGAAAAAGAAACCAGACGGAGGUCCGAAAGAAUUCGAAUACAGAAUAGUCAAUUGAUGGAAACGGCGGUUGAAGAAGCACAGCGCAGGAGCAUGGACGCGGUUCGACAUUAUCUACAACGGCAACAACAAGGUGAUGACGUGGGUACUCGGACUGUUGGAGAAGUAGACGAUAAAACUAAUGAGCAUAGUUGUGGAAAGAUAAAUAUUAUUUGUGAAUCUUGCUGCUCCAAAAAUUUUGUGAACGAAGCCACAGGCAAAGACCAAUCAUUCACCCCGUGUUGCCAGAAGGGGAAAAUUCAGUUGCCUCCGAUAAAAACUUCUCAGUAUAUCAAAGCCCUAAUGACUGGUCAACACGAAGAGUCAAAAAACUUCAUGGAGCACAUCAGGUCAUUCAAUAGUUCCCUUGCUUUUGCCUCCACUGGUGCAACUUUAUCCACCCCACCUGGUCAUGGACCUUAUUGCUUCAGGAUUCAUGGCCAGAUUUAUCACCGAGCCGGCACAUUGCAUCCAGACGAGGGAGAGACCCGACGUUACGCUCAACUCUAUAUCUUGGACUCGGGAUUGGCGGCAUCUCAACGCUUAUCACUAACUGAAAAUUCAAAAUGUUCUGCAACCCUAAUGGAAGGCUUGAGUCAAUUCAUGGAGCAAAAUAACCCAUUCGCCAAAGCAUCCAAAAUGUUGUAUGAGGUAGAACCAGAAAAUGAAGAACUCGCUCGGCAAACUAAUCUACCUAAAAGCGUCCUUUUCAUGGCUAUUUCGCAAAAUCAGAAAAACGAUAACAGACGGUACAAUGCUCCCAGGGCCAACGAGGUAGCAAUUGUAUUUCAAGGAAAUGAUGGCAAACCCCCCCUUCAUCGGGACCUCCUCAUACAUCUCCGAAGCGAUCCCUCCAAUCCUACAGCAGUUAAAACUAAGCGAAUCAGUGUGUUGGAUCCACUUCUUGAAGCAAUGACGUAUCCAUUACUUCACCCAUUCGGCGAUCCUGGUUGGUCCCCAGAAUUGAGACAUGUAAACGAUAAUAACACACGCGUCUCACAGAUGGAAUAUUACGGAUACCGAUUUGCCGUCAGAGAAGAUUUUAAUCCAUUCUUAAGUGCAGGAAAGUUAACUCAACAAUUCUUCGUUGACGCAUACGUAAAAACAGAGGGAAAUCGCCUUAAUUUCGUAAAAUUGAAUCAGGAUAAACUGCGUACUGAAAAGUAUAGAUGUCUGCAAGAUUUCAUAAGUUCAGAUGUAAACACUGGCGCGUGUCCAGGAAAAGCUUAUGUUCUGCCGUCAUCAUUCCAAGGAAGUCCCAGGAACAUGCAGCAGCAUUAUCAAGAUGCGAUGGCAAUUGUCAGACGAUACGGUAAACCGGAUCUUUUUAUCACUAUGACGUGCAAUCCCAGGUGGAAAGAAAUUCAAGAAAAUCUGAAGCCCAACCAACGAGCCGAAAAUCGCCCAGACUUGGUAGCCCGUGUCUUUAAUCUAAAGUUAAAAGAACUUCUUGAUGAUAUUAGUAAAAAGCACGUCCUCGGGAAGCAGAAGGCAAGGAUACACGUAAUUGAAUUUCAAAAACGGGGGUUACCACAUGCCCAUAUUAUUAUGAUGUUGGCCCAUGAAGAUCGCGCCGAAAUCCCAGAUGCUUCUACUCAUCCGAGGCUAUACGAAAUGGUUGUCCGUCACAUGAUUCAUGGACCGUGUGGAACCCAGAACAUGAGAAGCCCGUGUAUGGAUGGCAAAACAUGCACCAAAGAUUUUCCGAAAGAUUUCGCAGCGGAAACCAUUGCCAAUCAUGGUGGCUACCCAAGAUAUCAAAGGCGGAACAACAGAGCAAGUGCAACUGUUGGUCAGAAAGUUAUUGAUAAUCGAUGGGUUGUUCCAUACAAUCCUUAUUUACUGCUCAAAUACAAUUGCCAUAUUAAUGUAGAAGUCUGUGCAACAGUUAAAAGUGUCAAGUAUCUCUUCAAAUAUGUGUACAAAGGUCAUGACUGUGCAAGUGUUGAAAUUAGAGAGAACCAAGGAAUAGAACACAAUGAAGUGAAAUCCUUUGUUGACACUCGAUAUGUAAGCCCACCCGAAGCAGCCUGGCGUUUGUUUGGUUACCGUAUGCACAUCCAAACGCAUACAGUUACUCGCCUUGAUGUUCAUCUACCUGAGGAACAGAGCGUCAGAUUUGAGAAAGACAGUAUUCCCACUGCCCUUAAGGAAGCCGCCCAAAUGGAUACUAAACUUAUGGCUUGGUUCAAAUUAAAUCAAUCUGACGAAAACGCGCGUAACUACUUUUACCAUGAAAUACCGGAACACUACAUAUUCGAGACUUACAAGGAUAUAUCUCAGGACGAUCCGAGCAAACAAAUUACACGGAGACGAUGGCGGAAGCGGAAAAUCAGACAAGGUGAUAAAGCCAUCGGUCGAAUGUACACUGUAGGCCUUUCUGAAAUAGAGCGCUAUUGCCUUAGACUUCUUCUUCUUCACAAGAAAGGUGCCGUCUCAUUUGACGACUUGAAAACCGUUCAAGAUGUGCAAUAUGAAAAAUUUCAAGAUGCAGCUGCUGCUCUUGGCCUCCUAGACACAGAAGAGGUGUGGGAGGAUACACUUAAUGAUGCUGCUGUUUCAGGGAUGCCUUACCAGCUCAGGCAAUUGUUUGCUCUAAUCUGUGUCUUUGCCGCUCCGACCAAUAUAAUAAGACUUUGGGAAAUUCACCAAUCUGCUCUAAUGGAAGAUUUCGUCCACCAUCACCACCACUUAAACAAUUGCCAUCACUGCCUAAAUCUCGCUCUGAUCGACAUCGAGCAGACUCUAGCUGUACAUAGCAAAUUUUGCCAUGAUUUUGGUUUACCUAAGCUAACUCCAGCCGCUUUGAUUGCAACGGGUACCAAUUUUAAUCAACUGGAAGAAGAGCUGCUGGGAUUAGAAAUGUCAUGCGACUUAAAUUCAGAACAAUUGUUGGCAUUUGAUGCUAUAUGUGAAGCAGUCAUGGACUCGACACCGCAGCCGAAAUGCUUUUUUAUUGAUGGGCCCGGUGGAAGUGGCAAAACAUAUUUAUAUAAAACCUUAAUCAGCACCAUGCGGGGUGAAAAUAGGUCUGUACUUCCGGUUGCAUCAACUGGUAUAGCUGCUAACCUCUUGCCGGCAGGACGAACAUAUCAUUCCCAAUAUAAGAUGCCAAUUAAAUUAUUUGAAGACUCAGUUUCCAACAUUGUGCCAAAAUCAGCAGAUGCGAAACCGAUCAAGGCCGCAGAUUUACUAAUUUGGGACGAAUCAACGAUGGCUCCCACACAUGCUUUAUCUGUGGUAGAUCGCCUACUGAAAGAGGUCAUGGAAAAUGAUAUUCCGUUCGGUGGAAAAGUGUUACUUCUUGGGGGUGACUUCCGGCAGACACUUCCUAUUGUGGUGCAUGGAUCAAGAUCAGCGAUAGUAGAAACCUCCAUCAAGUUUAGCACCCACUGGGACAAAUUUAAAAAACUCAAUUUAGUUGAAAAUGUUCGAUCAGUUGAUGUCGAGUAUGGACGCUGGUUACUGCAACUAGGAAAUGGGGAAACUCUAAACUCUGAUUGUCUGGGCGAAGACAUUGUCGAAAUCCCCAGUCACAUGAUUGCAACAUCCCCCAUUGCUGAGGAAAUUUGUGGAAAGCAAUUAAAGUGUUUUGAUGACGUUAUGAAAAUUUCAAAUCGUGCCAUUCUCUGUCCUAAAAACGAGGACGCCCAUAAUAUCAACCAGCAGGUCUUGGACGUCUUGAAUGGAGAGGAGACAUCCUAUUUGAGUGUGGAUUCCAUUGAAGACGAAGCAGGCCAAGACGCAGUUUUCUACCCAACCGAGUUUUUGAAUGGACUACAUCCUUCUGGAAUGCCACCACAUAAUCUCCGCCUCAAAGUCAGAGCUAUUAUAAUGCUUCUCCGAAAUUUAAACACCAAACGUGGCCUGUGCAACGGAACACGCCUGAUUAUAACAAAACUGCAACUAAACCUCAUUACAGCACAGGUCUUAACUGGUUCUGCGGCCGGACAAAUGGUCUUUGUUCCAAGAAUUCAGCUCACAACAGCUAACCCAGAUAUUCCGUUUGUUUAUCGACGCAGGCAGUUUCCAGUUAACUUGGCUUUUGCGAUGACAAUUAAUAAAUCCCAAGGCCAAACACUAGAAAUGGUAGGAAUUUAUCUUCCCGAACCUGUAUUUAGCCACGGUCAGCUGUAUGUUGCCUUUUCACGCGUUAGGAGAUCCUGUGAUGUGAAAGUAGAAGUAAAUACAAAUAGUGUCCAAGAUUCUUAUAGGGAAUAA